AUGUCUUGCUACGACCUGUGCCCCACCACCAGCAGCAUUGCCUGCCCCCAGCCCGUCGCUAACAGCUGUAAUGAGCCAUGUGUCCGGCAGUGCCCUGACUCGACGGCCCUCAUCCAGCCGCCCCCCGUCGUCGUCACCUUCCCCGGCCCCAUCCUCAGCUCCUUCCCCCAGCAAGCCGUCGUGGGCUCCUCCGGAGCACCCGCCUUCGGGGGCUCCCUGGGGCUGGGGAGCCUCUAUGGCUCUGGGAGCCUCUACGGUUAUGGGAGCUCUCUGGGAUAUGGGGCCCAGUAUGGAUAUGGGAGUUCAGCCCUCUCCACGCUUGGCAGCGGGUACUGCAGCCCGUACUCCUCCCGCCGGUACAGCCGGUUCCUCCGCAGCAGCUGUGGGCCCUGCUAA